AUGUCAGCUCACGGUUAUUCUUUGCGUGAGACUAACUCGCCUACUCUGGCCAGCUACGUCUCUACGCAUAACGACACUUAUCCUUUCAUUAAUCCAUCCAAAGCAGACUUGGCCGGCAAAUCAGUCUUCAUCACCGGCGCCUCCAAGGGGAUCUGGAAGGCUACCGCAAUUGGCUUCGAUAUGGCAGGUUGCUCGAAAAUCAUCCUGGCUGCUCGUUCUGACAUGACCAAGAUUGAAGCGGCUAUCAGAGAUGCCGCCAAGAAGGCAAAUUGGCCCCAACCACUCGUUCAUUCUAUCAGACUGGAUCUCACGUCAGAAGAGUCGGUUAAAGCCGCCGCCGAGACUGCCAAGGAUAUACUCGACGGCAGCCUAGACAUCUUGAUCAACAAUGCAGGAUGCCUUGAGGAAUGGAAGCCCGUCACCGAGUCUGACCCGUCGGAGUGGUGGACUUGGGAGGUCACCAUGGAAGGAAUUUACCUGUCCGCCCGCUAUUUCAUCGCGCUGCUUCUCAACUCAUCGGCCAAAACUAUAAUCAAUAUCAGUAGUGUCGGAGUUCAGAUCAUCGUUCCUGGAGCAUCAGCGUACCAGACGAGCAAGUUCGCUCUCUGCCGUUUUACUGAGUUCAUCAAUAAGAAAUAUUACGAGCAGGGAUUAGUGGUCAUAUCGAUUCAUCCAGGUGGGAUCAAGACCGAGCUCGCUUUGAACAUACCCCUAGCGAUGCAUUCUCAUCUGAAUGAUAGACUGGAGCUGGCCGCCGAUACUAUGGUCUGGUUAUCUCGUGAGAGGCGGGACUGGCUCUCCGGCAGGUUCAUCAUUGUGAACUGGGACAUGGAGGAAUUGGAGAACAACAAGGAAAUCCUUCAAAGAAAUUUACUUAAGUUUCGUAUGACAAUCUGA